GGCGCGGCGGGAGCAGAGCUCGGGCGCGGGGCGCUCGCACCGCUCCGCAUCGCACGGACCUGCCGGCAGCCCCGGAGAUGAGGAGAGUUUGCACGCUGCCCCUCUGGCUCUGGCUCGGCAUUGUCUCGGAGGCAGAUCUGGUGAGCAGUUAUUCUAUGGCCCCUCCUACUCUGAGCGUCACCAAGGAGGAGCACGUCAUCAACGCCAAGGACACGCUGACCAUCACCUGCAGAGGCCAGCACCCUUUGGAGUGGUCCUGGCCAGGGGGCAAGAUGGAUCCUGCAGGGAAGGAGAAGACUGAGCUGGUGACCACAGCAGCCCCCAGCAGAGACCGGGAAAUCCAAGAGGAAGACUGCGAGGGGACAGGCACGAAGCCCUACUGCAAGGUGCUGGUGCUGAUGGAAGCACAGGCGAAUGAUACAGGCUCCUACCGCUGCUCCUACAAGUACAUUGAUGCCAAAAUCGAGGGCACCACAGCAGUCAGCACCUAUGUGUUUGUGAGAGAUUUUGAACAGCCAUUUGUCAAUAAGCCAGAGAUCCUCCUCAUCAACAAGGAGAACGCUUGGAUACCAUGCCUCGUGUCUAUCCCAGAUCUUAACGUCACACUGACUUCGCAAAAUAUCUUCAUCCACCCUGAUGGAAAAAGCACUUUCUGGGACAACAAGAAGGGAAUGCAGGUACCCACACACUUGAUCAGGGACUUUUUGUAUGUCCACUGUGAGACUGUAAUCGACAAGAAGGUCUUCAAAUCCAAUUUAUUCAUCAUCCAUAUUACAGGGAAUGAGCUGUAUGACAUCCAUCUGUAUCCCAAGAAAGCCGUGGAGCUGCUAGUGGGAGAGAAACUGGUCUUGAACUGCACAGUGUGGGCUGAGUUCAACUCCGGUGUCCGCUUCCAGUGGACUUACCCUGGCGAACAGAUGAAGCGAGCAGUGAUCGAGUCCGAGCGCUGGUCCCUGCAGACACAGACGGAGCUCUCCAGUGUCCUGACCCUCCACAAUAUCAGCCAGCAGGACCUGGGGAAGUACACAUGCACUGCCGCCACUGAUGCCCAGAUUCUGAAGGAGAGCAUUGAUGUCAUUGUGCAUGAAAAGCCCUUCAUCACUGUGGAGUGGAGGAAGGGCCCGGUGAUAGAAGCCACGGCAGGAGAUGAAGCCGUGAAGCUGCCAGUGAAAGUCGUGGCUUACCCCCCACCAGACUUCCAGUGGUACAAGGAUGGAAAGCUAAUUCCCAAGCAAUCUCAAUCUUCAAUGCAGAUCAAGGAUGUGUCGGAGCAGCACGCUGGGACAUACACGCUGGUUCUGCGGAACAGGCUGGCGGGGCUGGAGAAGCACAUCAGCCUCCAGUUAAUCGUCAAUGUUCCUCCACGCAUCCAUGAAAAGGAAGCCUCUUCCCCAAGCAUCUACUCCAAGAGGAGCCCCCAGGCUCUCACCUGCACUGUCUAUGGCAUCCCAGCACCAGAGGUGAUCCAGUGGCAGUGGAGGCCAUGGAUGCCCUGUCGGAUGUUCUCCCGACGCAGCCUCAAUAGCAGGCACCGGGCAGCAAGGCGCCAUCAGCGAGACCGGAUGCCCGAGUGCAAGGACUGGAAAGAUGUGUCACAGCAGGAUGCCGUGAACCCCAUCGAGAGCAUUGACACCUGGGUGGAGUUGGUGGAGGGACGGAACAAGACAGUCAGCAAACUGGCCAUCCAGGAGGCCAAUGUCUCAGCCAUGUACAAGUGUAUUGCCUCUAAUAAAGUGGGUCGAGAUGAGCGGCUGAUCUACUUCUAUGUGACGACCAUUCCAGAUGGGUUUGAGAUUGAGUCGCAGCCCUCAGAAGAGCCCAUAGAGGGGCAGGACCUACAGCUGAGCUGCAAUGCAGACAACUACACCUAUGAGAACCUGCAGUGGUAUCGGCUGAACCUCUCCAAGCUCCACGAUGAAGAGGGCAACCCCCUCGUGCUGGACUGUAAGAACGUCCACCACUAUGCCACCAAGAUGCAGGGGGAGCUGCGCUUCCAGCCUGACUCCAACGAUGCGACCUUGCUGCUCACCAUCCCAAACAUCUCCCUGGAUGAGGAGGGAGAUUAUGUGUGUGAGGUGCAGAACAGGAAGACCCGGGAGAAACACUGCCACAAGAAAUACAUCUCUGUGCAGGCCCUGGAGAUCCCCCGCCUCAAGCAGAACCUGACAGACAUUUGGGUGAAUGUCAGCGAUUCCAUAGAGAUGCGCUGUAAGGUGGACGGCAACCACGUUCCUGAAAUCAGCUGGUACAAAGACGAGAAACUGGUGGAAGAAGUGUCAGGGAUUGACCUGGCAGACUUCAACCAGAGGCUGAGCAUUCAGAGGGUGAGGGAGGAGGAUGCUGGCCUCUACCUGUGCAGCGUCUGCAAUGCUAAGGGCUGUGUGAACUCCUCAGCCAGUGUCUCCGUGGAAGGCUCUGAUGACAGGACAAAUGUGGAGAUUGUCAUCCUGAUUGGGACUGGAGUUAUUGCUGUUUUCUUCUGGAUCUUACUUAUUCUCAUCUUCUGCAACAUCAAGAGGCCGGCCCACGCAGACAUCAAGACAGGCUACCUCUCCAUCAUCAUGGACCCUGGCGAGGUGCCCUUGGAGGAGCAGUGCGAGUACCUGCCCUAUGAUUCCAGCAAGUGGGAGUUCCCACGAGACCGCCUGCGCUUGGGUAAAGUCCUAGGUCAUGGUGCCUUCGGAAAGGUGGUGGAAGCAUCAGCAUUUGGGAUCAACAAAAGUAACAGCUGUGAGACUGUAGCAGUCAAAAUGCUGAAAGAGGGGGCUACUGCAAGCGAGCACAAGGCACUGAUGUCAGAGCUGAAGAUCCUCAUUCACAUCGGGAAUCACCUCAACGUGGUGAAUUUGCUGGGUGCCUGUACCAAACCCAAUGGUCCACUCAUGGUUAUUGUUGAGUUCUGCAAGUAUGGAAACCUCUCCAACUACCUGCGGACCAAGAGGGAAGGAUUCAGUCCUUACAGAGAGAAGUCUCCCAGGCUGCGCAUUCAGGUGCAGUCCAUCGUGCAGGCAGUGAGAGCAGACAGGAGGAGCCGCUCUGGGACCAGCGACAGCGCCAUCUUCCACCGCUUCCUGAUGCACAAGAGCUGCACGGCACUGCCCAUCCAGGAAGUGGAUGACUUGUGGCAAAGUCCCUUGACAAUGGAAGACCUCAUCUGUUACAGCUUCCAGGUAGCACGUGGCAUGGAAUUCCUGGCAUCCCGAAAGUGCAUCCACAGAGACCUGGCGGCUCGCAAUAUCCUGCUGUCAGAAAACAACGUGGUAAAGAUUUGUGACUUUGGCCUGGCCAGGGACAUCUACAAGGACCCCGACUAUGUCAGGAAAGGCAGUGCCCGUCUCCCACUGAAGUGGAUGGCUCCAGAAAGCAUCUUUGACAAGGUCUACACUACCCAGAGUGAUGUCUGGUCUUUUGGGGUCCUUCUCUGGGAAAUCUUCUCAUUAGGGGCAUCUCCAUAUCCUGGAGUCCAGAUCAAUGAGGAGUUCUGCCAGAGGCUCAAAGAUGGUACCAGAAUGAGAGCCCCAGAGUAUGCCACAGCAGAAAUCUACCGUAUAAUGCUGAGCUGCUGGCACGGCGAUCCCAAGGAGAGACCAACUUUCUCUGACCUUGUGGAGAUACUGGGCAACCUUCUUCAGGAAAACGUCCAGCAGCAGGAAGGGAAAGAUUACAUCCCGCUGAAUGACUCUCACAGCUCAGAAGAUGAUGGUUUCUCCCAGGUGCCUUCCUCUGCCCAGCAAAACUCAGAUGAAGAGGACUUCGACAUGAGGAUACGCUGCCACAGCCUAGCAGCAAGAUACUACAACUGCGUCUCAUUCCCUGGUUGUUUGACUGGAGGAAAUCAGAUCAGGUGUCCAUCCAGGAUAAAGACAUUUGAAGAGUUUCCCAUGACACACACAAUGUACAAGGCACACCCGGACAAUCAGACAGACAGUGGCAUGGUUCUGGCAUCUGAGGAAUUUGAGAGGAUAGAAAACCGACACAGAAAAGAAGGUGGAUUCAGCAGUAAAGGGCCCAGUCGAACCGGGGAGCUGUCAGGGGAGCAGUCGGACCUGUGGGGCAGAUGUCGGCCGUCAUAUGGGUCCCAAGUCGGAGGCCAGACUUUUUACAACAGUGAAUACGGGGAGCUGUCGGAACACUCUGAGGAUGGCAGCUGCACCCCGCCUGGAGAGGGGGCCAGUCCCCCCACUCUCCAUGCUUCCUUCUUCUCCGAGCAAUACUAACGGCACCAGGCCCUGGAGGCAAUUGCCAAGGCCCUCCAGGCACAUCAUCAGGGUCACUCAGAGCUUCUCCUUCAACCUAUGCCCAAACCCAACAGGAUAACUACCCCAAACGGACAGGGAACACUGAUGUCCUUGGAACUGCAGCAUGAACCAUGCAGCACCUCCAGCUGCAGCUUCCCUGUGUCGCGACUGGAGAGAGCACCUCACUGAUUUCUCAUGUUUCUUUUAUUCCUGAACCUCAGACAGAUGCAUUCUGCUGGAGAGUGGGUGCCUGUGUUCAGCAUUAUGGCACCUUCUGCCUAACAUCCAGCCUUCACUCAGAUCAGCUUCCCAUUCAGAAAACCCAUUUCAGGUCAGAUAUAAAUAGAUCUGUCUUAGUCUCAAGUUUCUUCCUGGUGUGCAGCCUGAAUGUUUUUCCUUGGAUUGCUUCUUCCUCCCCUCAUCAUGAUGUCAGUUGCUGAGCUGUGAAGCAGAAUCAAAGGGAAGAAAUCCCUAGAGGUAUUAGCAACAAGCACAGGACAUUUUAAAGAGGUAUAUGGGGAGAUCCCAAGGGGUCUUUGUAAAUGAUCAUAUGUGCUGCUCAUCCUGAGUAGGUGCCAGCCUCUCCAUCUCCUCUGCAAGCAACACCCACACCCUUCUCAUCUCUGCUGGGGGGAAAGCUGCCAAUCUGCUUUAUCACUAGGAUUAUUUUAGCCAUCUCAACACAGCUAGUGCUGAGUAGGUCAUCAGCUGAUGGCUAAAGUGCUCCCGGUGAGAUAAACAGCAAUUUUUUUGCAGGCCUUGUGCAAAACAGAUUCUUUUAGAGCAGGUUACUCACAGGUUUGCUGCUUUUGCCUUCCCCUUCUCCCAGAUUGGUGCUGAGAUCAUUUGUUGCUCAAGUGAGAAAUUAAAGCAAAGCUAGGUUAAUUUGAGCUGGUUUCUAAACAUAGAAUUCGCUGGGAGGAAAAAGAUCAAAAGGGCAGGGAGUGAAAUGUUUAUUUUCAAGCUGCUGCAAAGCAUUUUGGAAACAAUGGAAGGAACAUUGCUCCAGCAAUAAGGUGCUCUGGGUUGCAUCCCCUUGUAUGUUGACAUCACUGAACACAUGCAGCCCAGGAUCUGGCCAGGAUUCAAGGCCUAAUUCUCCUGGAUGGACAGUUCUGCACCAUGACCUUUCCUGUCUCCCAAGUUCCCUGACUCAAAGGAGGCACUCUCUGCCCAGCGGGCUCCUCUCCAGUUUCUUUUGCAGAGCUUCCAGCAGAGCAUACCUGACUCCAGAGGAUUAAGAAACAGGUAUUUGCAGAGGAAACAUCUCCUCACUUUGGUCUUUUGUUUCUAAGAGAUACCACAUUAAUUCAGAGCUCUGGGGAACCUCUGCAGUCCCCUUCUAUAGAUUUCUGUACUGCUGCCUCACCACUUCCCACCUACUUCUUUCCAUCCUGUUCCCAAUCCAAGAGCUCAGCCACAGAGUACAGUUACAUCACCACCUCAGGAGUCUGGGUGAAAAGGCUCAUUUGAACACCUUGUCAUCAUCUCUUCUCCCACAUGCCCAUGGCUGGCAGAGCUCUGUGCACCAGGGCAUCUCAGCACCAGGGAAUUAGUGCUUGUGGGCCACACCUCUGUCACAGAGCCGAGGGUUUGGACUUGUAAAACUGUGUUUCCUGUCAGAUGUACAGCUUUCCCAAACUGCAUUUCUUUUCCAGCAGAGGGUUUUACGUGUUUCCCAACGUAUGCCUGCGAGUCUUUAUGGAUGAUGUUGCCAAGUCUUAAUUAUAGUUCUCCACACAAGUGUAAUGGGGAGAUUUAUGUAGCACAUGGGAAAAGUACACCUGUCAUUCAGAUUUUCUAAGCCUGUGCAGCUUGUUCAAUGUUCCACUCCCCUUUUGUGUCAGCAGAAUGACAUGGCUGCAAUUUCCAUGGCAAAAAAGAGGCACAAAACCAGACCAGCUCGAGCCAAACUGGCUCACGAUGUGGAAUUGGAAACUGCUUAUGACAAUGAAAUCCCUGACUUCUGUUGGUGUCCCCUGAAGCUGCCAGGAAUUUAAGCAUCUUUAAGUAAUUGUUGUGACUCAGUAAGAAUCCUCUGGCAGGAGCUGCUGGACAGCCACGACAAGGAAGUAGGACAGCCAGUAGGGUGUAGGCCAGAUCAAAUUCUCCUGCCCUCGUCUUGCCCUGCUUUUUGAACUGGUGUUUCCCUUGGCAGAAGGAAGGCUGCAUGUGAUUCAUGUUGCUUGAAGUUUCCACUGGCAUUGACAGGGGUAGAAGAUGACCAGCUGAGCUAAAUUCAGGCUGCUUGCUGGGUGAUGUGUGUCCAUAGGACCCAGACUCUCAUAUUUCCAGUGCUCCAAGAAGAGCUCUCUGCCUGGAAACAGCCCAUCUGAGAGGGGGCCCAAGAACAAAAUAAUAGUUAAAAAACAGAAUUUCAAAGUAGCUGUAAGUCCCUGUCCAUAUGUAAAGGAUAGGUAUUUGCCAGCAAAGCAUGAUAUUUGCUGGGCAGUGGGAGGAUUCCUCAGCAGAAAGGGGACAGAGGUAUCUUAGUGCCCAGGUUGGUUGUCAGCAUGGACAUCCAGCCAGUAUAGCUGCACUUUUUCUCUAGGUUUAGCUGUAAAUUGCUCACAAGCAUCCUUGUAGAGAAGGGUUAUGUUUUUAAAACCAUUGUUAACGAUCCCCUGCUUCAGCCUGAGAAAAGCACUUCUGUAUUGCCUGAUUUUUGAACAUUCAACUCCACAGAAGUUUAUUUUCUCACUCUUGCGCCAUCUAGAUGGGGGGAGGGGGGGCAUGGAAUCAGAUCCUAUUGUGUCUGUGUCAACAGCAUUGUAUGAACAAUGCAGCCUAAUAGGAGCAAAAGCGGGUUCCUCUUCACACACUCCUGCUGAUGAUCAACCACUGUAGUGUGGGAUAUUGAAGAGCUGUUGAGACAAUUGUACUUUUGCUCUCUAAAGGUAUACUGAAAUUAGAUGUGCAAUUCUGAUAACCCUUCUCAUUCUCUUGAAUUAUUUCUGGCUUUUUAUUUUUACAGUCUCCAGAUAAGCAUGAAGUGAAGCUGGUGGUUUUUUGGCUUUAAGAUGUGAGACAGGAGUGUUGUCUAUCUUUCUACAGCAGCAAGGGAGUAUUUCAAUGUUGAAAACCCAGGUUAGGAUUCUUGUGCCUGCUCUGUUCAAAAUGCACUCCCUUUUUUGUUUUGCUUGAGCUUCUUACUGGAACUCAACACUGAAGCUAAACUAUUUAUCAUCAUCACCUUCCUUUAAAAUGGCUGCUUCCACUCUAUGCUCAGUAUCACUUUUCUUCACAAAGUGUUGGUGUUGAGAGGACAUUCCUCUCUCCUGAAAACAAAAUGUUGGGUCCCCUACUUUCAAAUACACUUGUCUCUGAAGAAAAACCUGUGUAACAAGUAACAAUACAUUUAUAUUGCAAUAUUUUAACCUGGUACCUGUUGUUGCUCUAGCAGCAUUCAAUGUUUCAGUGGUCUGCCUUUGAAGCAAGUAGGCUAAAACAGGGGUUAUGUGUGAGUACAAAGCAUGGUCUGUGUGUGUGUGAGUGUGCUGUGGGUGAGUGUGUGGGUAUUUGCACAUGAGUUUUCCUACCAGUGAUCAUUUGUGAGUGAUUGUAACUCACAUUGAGUCUUGUCUCUGGAAGUUCACAGUUAUAUAUAUCAAACCAGUUAGAACACUGCUUCCUUUCCUCUCCUCCUAUAGUACUUGUUAUCCUUUGUCAUUAAGAGUUUUGUUGUAAUAUCUAAAUGUGAAAAUGAAUAAAGUCAUAACUGGCA